AUGAGCCACCAGUCAGAAACCUGCCCUGUGCCCUCUGACCAGAAACCGGGCCAGGUCCUCAAAGACCAGAGCACCUAUGACCAGUUACUAAAGAUGGUGCUGCAUUUACAGUGGCUGGUAAAGAAGCACUUCAUUCAGCUGGAAGUGACCAGACGCAGGCAACAACUGGAAGGAGAGAAGCAUGCUGAGUCUAUCUGUGAGCAGGGAAACUACCUAAACCUCUUAAUGAGCAAGAUGGUCAACGUCCUACGCUCUGGGGCCACAAGUGGCCUAGAGUGCCAAGAGUAUCUCCCUUGCCUGGACUCUAGGGAUGAUGUCAGAAGUGAGCAGAGGGCCGAACUAUCCAGGCAGCCUGACCCAUUAGUUCCCCAGCUAAGUGAUUUUGAACCUGCCUUUGUCAGCCAUGACCUGUCUAACCGUGGGGCUGAUAUCUCUGUCUUAUACCACUCAAGCUUCCAGGACUACAUUGCCUACCAAGGAGACAAGUUCCAUGAGGAGAACAACCCCUUGGGUUUCAUUAAUCUUGGCACUAGCGAGAACAAGCUCUGCAUUGAUCUGAUGAUUAAAAGGUUGAGUGAGAAUGACAUGAACCACAUUGAGGACUUCCUGCUGCAGUACCCUGAUUGGAGAGGACAGCCAUUCCUGCGGGAAGAAGUGGCCCAGUUCCUGACCUACUACUGCAGGGCACCUGCCCAACUUGAUCCAGAAAAUGUGGUGGUUCUAAAUGGCUGCUGCUCUGUCUUCUCUGCGCUGGCCAUGGUUCUGUGUGAUCCUGGGGAGGGCUUUCUGGUCCCCACUCCCGUCUAUGGUGGCUUUGCCUUUAGCUCCCGCCUGUAUGCACACGUUGAACUGAUUCCUGUUCACCUGGAAAGUGAGAUCACUGAGGCAAACACCUGUCCUUUCCAGCUUACUGUGGACAAAUUGGAGCAAGUCCUGCUGGAAGCUAAGAGUAAGGGGAAAAAGGUCAAAGGCCUCAUCCUUACCAAUCCUCAGAACCCUCUGGGUGACAUCUACUCCCGUGACUCACUGAAGGAAUACCUAACAUUUGCCAAGAGGUAUAACCUGCAUGUGAUCAUAGAUGAGAUUUAUUUGCUGUCUGUGUUUGAUGAAUCUAUCACAUUCCACAGUGUUCUGAGCAUAAAAAGUUUGCCUGAUCCCAACAGGACCCACAUGAUCUGGGGCACCAGUAAGGAUUUUGGCAUCUCAGGCUUCCGCUUUGGUGUUCUAUACACCCACAACAAGGAUGUGGCCUCUGCUGUGGGCUCCUUUGGCUACCUCCACAGUAUCUCUGGCAUCGACCAGCACAAAUUGUCUAAAUUGCUCCAUUCCAGAGAGUGGAUUGAUAGCAGGUACCUGCCCACCAAUCGCUCCCGGCUCCGGGAUGCUCACAGGUACAUCACUAAAAAGCUGAAGGAGUUGAAGAUCCCCUUUCUCUAUCGUGGUGCUGGCCUCUAUAUCUGGAUCAACUUGAAAAAGUACUUGGACCCAUGUACGUUUGAGGAAGAAGUGCUCCUCCUUCGCCGCUUCCGGGACAAUAAACUGAUUCUAUCCUGUGGCAAAGCCUACAUGUGUAAGGAGCCUGGCUGGUUCCGCCUUGUCUUUGCAGAAAAUUCCUUCCGGCUAAGACUAGCCAUGCGUCGGUUCUGUCAGGUGCUACAGGAGCAGAAGCAGUCUUGGAUAGAGAAGCAGCUGGAGGAGUCAGUGAAAGAGUAGGUUAUCAUCACUGCUCAGGAAGACACUGGUGUCUCGGUCUCUGGUCCAGAAGGCUGGGGGUUGAUGGUGCUGCAGCUGAGCAAAUAGUGGGCUCUUCCAGGAAUGAUCUCAUCUGAUCCAGGCAUCAGCCUCAUUCAACGGAGCAUCUGCCAUCUUUGGAAGCUUUGAGUCUUUUUAGUCUUUGCUAAUAAAUGUGCAUGCAAAAUGUUUUUAUUGGGAUUGGGGU